GUUUUCUGUUGAUGCGCAUAUCCUCUCUUCUCAUCACAAUCAAAACCCCACUGUUACAUCUCUUCUCUCUCCGAUCCAACUAGCUCCACUCUUCUCAACUCAGAGAUCGUUACUUCCUCCAAUGGCGAUCCCUCCUAAGCUUACUUCGUUUUCCUCUUCCUCCUCCACCAUGGCCGCUGCUCGAAGCUUGGAGGAAGGUCUCGCUAGUAGAUACUGGCUCAAGUUUCGACGAGAAACGAUUUUCGUUAUGUACACUCCUUUUGUUGUCUCUUUGGCUGCUGGAAACCUUAAGAUUGAGUCUUUUAGGCACUUUUUGGCCCAAGAUUCUUACUUCCUCAAAGCCUUUGCCCAUGCAUGUGAAUUGGCAGAAGAAUGUGCUGAUGAUGAUGAUGCAAAGCUAGCCAUCACUAAGUUGAGGAAGGGGGUCUUACAGGGGCUAAAGAGGCACAAUUCAUUUGUACAGGAAUGGGGUAUUGACCCUUCUAAAGAUGGGACUAUCAAUUCUGCAACUGUGAAAUACACGGAUUUCUUGUUGGCUACAGCCUCUGGGAAGAUUGAAGGAGUUACAGAUCCUGGGAAGCUUGUAACUCCUUUUGAAAGAACAAAACUACCAGCUUAUACUCUUGGUGCCCUGACACCUUGCGUGCGGCUGUAUGCCUUUCUAGCUAAGGAGUUGCUAACGCAUGCUAAUUCAGGUGAUGGUAGUCAUCCUUACAAGAAGUGGUUUGCCAGUUACUCGUCUGAGGGUUUUCAGGCAGCAGCUCUGCAAACCGAAGACUUGCUGGAUAAACUUAGUGUCCCUUUGACAGGCGAGGAGCUUGACAUCAUUGAAAAGCUUUAUCACCAAGCCAUGAAACUUGAAAUAGAAUUCUUCAAUUUGCAGCCACUUGCUCAGCCCACUGUGGUUCCUCUCAUAAAAGAGCAUAACCCUGUAGAAGAUCGCCUUGUGAUAUUCUCUGAUUUUGAUUUGACAUGCACCAUUGUUGACUCCUCUGCCAUUUUGGCAGAGAUUGCAAUUGUAACAGUACCAAAGGCUGAUCAGGCUCAAUCUGAGACUCAAAUUGCUAGGAUGUCAUCAGCCGAGCUGAGGAACAGUUGGAAUGGUAUCUCUACACAGUAUACGGAAGAGUAUGAACAAUGCAUUGAAAGCAUUCUGCCCUCUGCAAAAGGGGAAUUCAACUAUGAAGUUUUGUGUAAAGCAAUUGAGCAGAUUUCAGACUUCGAGCGAAGGGCAAAUGCUAGAGUGAUUGAAUCUGGACUUCUUAAGGGUCUGAAUCUUGAAGACAUCAAAAGAGCUGGUGAACUAUUGGUUCUUCAAAAUGGAUGCGCUAGUUUUUUCCAGAAAAUUGUGAAGAAUGAAAAUUUAAAUGCUAAUAUACACAUUAUCUCAUAUUGUUGGUGUGCUGAUCUCAUCAGAUCUUCUUUCUCAUCAGGGGGUUUGGAUGUUCUGAAUAUACAUGCAAAUGAGCUCUCUUUUGAAGGUUCAAUUUGUACAGGCGAGAUUAUUAGGAAGGUGGAAUCUCCUGUAGACAAAGUUGAAGCUUUCCACAAUAUUUUAAAGAGCUACAACACUGAUAAAAAGAACUUGACCGUUUAUAUUGGAGACACAAUUGGUGAUCUGCUUUGUCUGCUUCAGGCAGAUGUAGGCAUUGUGAUUGGGUCUAGCCCAAGCCUAAGGCGGGUGGGAGGUCAUUUUGGUGUGUCAUUUUUACCCUUGUUCCCUAGCUUGAUUAAAAAACAGAAACAGUAUACAGACGAAAGCUCUUCUAAAUGGAAGGGGCAAUCUGGCACCCUAUACACAGUUACUACCUGGGCUGAAAUUCAAGCCUUCAUUUCGGGAUGGUAGCCUUUAGAAUCAUUCUUUUUUCCUUCUUCUUCACGCUCUCUUCUGCAAGUAGGAACAAAUGAAGGAAUCAUUCAUAUAUGAUGAACACAUACAAAUCAGUGGCAAAUUUUAUCAAGGGCCACAGAAUUUCUUCCUUUUCGCUUUUGUUUCUCUUUACAGGGUCAUCCAUUUUGCUGGCUGGAUAAUUCUUUGAACUGGGUAUUCACAAUCCCUUUUAUUUGAACUUGUGAUUUUGUUGCCAUCUCCUUUUCACUUGCAAUAUUUUUGUACAUUUUCAUGCGUGUUUUUUUGCAGGCUGUAGGAACCAUGGCAGACAUUAUAAGAAGAGUUGCUAUGAAUUAGUCCAUAUGGUAGUGCUAUAUAUACUUUUGAUAUUCAGAUGCUAUAUAGCAAUUUGGAUAUGAUAAUAUGUGAAUUUUUGUGAGGUCAGUACUAAAAGAAUUCGGAAUCUUCUGGCAAAUUGCUUGUAUCCUGCGGCUCUCUUUUGGGUAUUAAGAAAAAUAAGAAAUUGAUUCAUUGAUGAAGCUUUUUCCGUCUGUAUAGAAAGAUAGUUUCUGAAAAAUUUUGCUGAUAUGAUCUACAUAAAUACCAUUUUUACACUGCUUGGA